UAAGCCGAUCUUAGCCCGUGAAAGACUGCUUUGCUCUUAGAGGAGGGAACAAUCUGAUGUAAACCAAAUUAUAUCGUUAUUUUUUUCCUAUAGGUUUACAAACGGAGGUGCUAUGUUUUUGUGGCCUUUAGGCCUAACUAGCAUGCUAACCACCAAGCUAGCUUUAACUGCGACUCUUUGCAUCAGUUGUAACAUUAGCAUACAAGCUAUAAUAUCAGUCUGCCAGCGGUAGAUAACAUUAGCAUUUUUUUAUAUAAGAUUUCCUAAAACCAAAAUAAGUAUUUUUGGUCCACACUAACUUUUUUCAGGACUAUGAAAUUACUAGUUAGCUAGUAAUAACCUAAGAUGUUAAUUUUUAUCGCUAAGGUACACCAAGUACACCAUAGCAUUAGCCUUCGCAUGUCAACUAUGCAGGACAAUGUAUUUUUGGAACAGUUUUGCUAAAGAAAGCCGAGUUUAAUUGUUAGCUUCCAUAAACGCUGCGAGUUUAAAAAAGAAACACUUAUUUCAGUCUUGGAUUUGCCACAAAGAAAAGGUCUGCCACGCCAUGAAGCAAAACACUUUGUUGCAAACGCUGGUUGUCCCCCUCAUAGUUUGGAAAGAUCUGAGCUAUGUCAGAGGAGGAACUGGAGGAAAUUGUGCAAAUAACAGUGGAAGACCUAAGCCCAGAGGGCCGUACAGCAGACAUGCUGGACAAUCAUGGACAAAACGAAGAGAAUCGUCAGAAGAAAAAAAGAAAAUUCAGCACAAGUCAGGAGAGCUUUGCCAACAACCAGGAUGUGUCUUAUAUUAAGAACCUGAUGGUCUCAUUCACUACAUCGGUCAAUCAGCGUUUGGAAGGCAUUGAGUCCAAGCUGCAGGCGCUGGACACCACUUGCAAGGCUCUUACACAAAAGCUGGAUAACAUAGUGCAUUAUGCGAAGAAUCCUAUCCAGGUUCCUAUGGUUGCGGGAUCACCUCAAGGGGCCACUCAGACUUGGAACAAAGUGCGGUGUGUCGUCCCCCAAACAAAUGUAAUUGUGGGCAGUGAACCCAUGAAGCAGGAAGACCCCACGCUGGAAAACCUGCUCAGCAACACAGUGGCUAAGAGGCGCCAAAACACAAUCCUGGUGAAGGUGCCAGCCCCCGAGGAGAGUCAGGAGGAACAGGAGAGCGGCUCCGAGGCCAGCGACUCCGUGUCCAAUGGAGGCAAUCCCAACAACUCGCAAAAUGGACAGAACGUCACACUCAUCACACUUAACUCCGAGGAUGAUUACCCCGGAGGCACAUGGUUAGGCGAUGAGACUAACGCAGAGAUGCGGGUUCGCUGCCCAGUCUCGCCAGCUGACAUGCUGCAUAUUUCCUCAAACUGCCGCACAGCAGAAAAAAUGGCUCUAACACUUCUGGACUACCUUUUCCAUCGGGAGGUCCAGGCCAUGUCUAAUCUGUCCGGACAGGGCAAACAUGGCAAGAAGCAGCUGGAUCCACUCAUGAUUUAUGGCAUUCGCUGCCACUUGUUCCACAAAUUUGACAUCUCAGAGUCAGACUGGUAUCGCAUCAAGCAAAGCAUCGACUCAAAGUGUCGCACUGCCUGGAGACGCAAGCAGCGCGGGCAGAGUCUGGCGGUCAAGAGCUUCUCCAAACGCACACCUCGUAUUUCAGGUUCAGAUGGAGGCCUCGCAGAAGAAGCCACCCACAUCGAAACAGCCACCCAGCAGACACUGCACUACGCGUUGGCCAAUCAGCAGGUCCAGUUCCAUCACAUCGGUGAGGAUGGACAAGUUCAAGUGAUUCCACAGGGCCAGUUACACAUUGCCCAGGUGCCUCAAGGAGAGGAAGUGCAGAUCACACAGGACAGUGAGGGGAACCUCCAGAUCCACCAGGUGCAUGUCGGUCAAGAUGGACAGGUACUUCGGGGUGCUCAGCUCAUAGCAGUGGCGUCAGCUGAAGGGGGCGCGACAGCGGUUGAAGGCACCUCUCUCCCCCCUGACAUCCAAGUGCAAUACGUCCAACUUGCCCCCGUCACCGAUCACGCAGCUGCAAUACAGGCGGCUGAGCUGGCUCCGACCCUACAAUCGGACAUGGAGGUGAAAGGGACCAUCCAGGGAGAGAACGGCGAGGUGGUCCAAAUCGUUACAUCUGUAGCUACCUGAAGCGAGGCAACCUGAUUCGGGGGCUGGCAAAAAAUUUUAUCCAAUACAUGUCGCCACAGUGUGUCUGCGGUCCGUACAUGCACAGACAUCGAAGUUGGAAACCCUUUUAACAAAUCCUAACGGUCAACCAUGAUUGAACCACCGGUUGCUGUCCCUCUGUAAAAUGUAGUUCCAGAGAGCCAAGCAGAUGUUCACAGAGAAGUAGACCAAGAGUCUUCAAAAUCAGCUCUUCUCUUUCUGGUCUUUUCAUCCCAAAGUAGACCAAGAGUCUUCAAAAUCAGCUCAUCUCUUUCUGGUCUUGUCAUCCCAAAGAAGGAUCCAUCCCACCCCUGAUUGCACAGUGGGAUUAUUGUCUAUCCAGGCAGGGCGGGUGCUGCUAAUGCAGACCACUGACACACGUACUUGUUUACAAGUAUGAAACAUACUAACGUUUAGACACAAGUAGCUCGAUCCCCAUUUGGGGUUUUAAACGUUCGAACCCCACCUCGCUCAAGCAGUGCUGUGUUCAUUUUCGAAUCACAAUUUCAGUCACUAGAGUGGAACUUGGAAUUAACUCUUGUGUUGAGUUUGUUCAUAAUUUAAUCCAUAUUUCCAUCUCCUGACUAUGCGCCCACUCUCGUUUUUCUUUUUGUUUAUUAUUUGAUUUAUCGGAGAUCUAGGGGAAGCUUUCAUUUCGAAAGAUCUAGACCAUGAAAUAGAGGUGGUGCCGUUGUUGUCCAAGUUGGGUUUAGAAUACCAAACAAACUGAAUAUGUUAAUAACCCCCAACUUUGUCUUUGGAAAUAUCCAUUCAUGUGAAUAAACCAUGUAUGUGGUUGCCAUAAAAGUGUUUUGUCUUUUGGUUUGUUUUCCCUUUUCAUUCGUUUUCCAUAAACUGAGGUUAGCAAAAGUGUUUCCAGACUUUUGCCUCCAGUCAUCGAAAACGCAAUUGGUUUAUUUGUUGAAUAUAAUGGCAGGGCUUCUAUAUACUGUAGAUAAACAGCAUGACAGCAUUUCUGAACACUUUGAUCGGUCAAGUCAAGACACUGAAUGUGUUUGCGGGGUUUUGAACGGUGAUUCUCUAAAGAUGAAUAUGUUUAACUGAACAAGAGAUAUUGUGAUGCUGUGAGGAAGUUUUCCCAUGCUCGCUGUGAUGUAAUGGUGUAUUUUGGAAUGAGAGAAGUAGGCGAGAACAUGAACUUGAUAAAACAACAUUUAAGUCUU